UGGGUGGAGGAGGGUCACAGUACCCAUUUGAGAGGGACUUGCCUGCUCCUCUCACUCUGUAUCCUCUGCUGUUCUCCGGCAUUGGUGUGCCUGUAUUUCUCUGGAGGCUCCUGGAUGGCAGCUCUGAUAGUGAUGCUGAUGGUGCUGAGCCCUCCGCUGGCCUGGGCCAGGGAGAUCCAACCACAUUUCCUGGAGUAUGCUAAGAGCGAGUGUCAUUUCUCCAAUGGGACGGAGCGAGUGCAGUACCGGCAGAGAUACAUCUAUAAUGGAAAAGAGUACGUGCGCUUUGACAGCGACUGGGGCGAGUUCCGGGCGGUGACCGAGCUGGGGCGGCCGGACGCCAAGUACUGGAACGGCCAGAAGGACAUCCUGGAGCGGAAGCGGGCCGCGGUGGACUCGUACUGCAGACACAACUACGGGGUCGGUGAGAGUUUCACUGUGCAGCGGCGAGUGGAGCCUAUAGUGACUGUGUAUCCUACAAAGACCCAGCCCCUGCAGCACCACAACCUCCUGGUCUGCUCUGUGAACGGUUUCUACCCAGGCCACAUUGAAGUCAGGUGGUUCCGAAACGGCCAUGAAGAGGAGGCUGGGGUGAUCUCCACAGGCCUGAUCCAGAAUGGAGACUGGACCUUCCAGACCAUGGUGAUGCUUGAAACAGUUCCUCAGAGUGGAGAGGUCUACACCUGCCAAGUGGAUCACCCCAGCCGGACGAGCCCUAUCACAGUAGAAUGGAGGGCACGGUCUGACUCUGCUCAGAGCAAGAUGAUGAGUGGAGUUGGGGGCUUUGUUCUGGGUCUGCUCUUCCUUGCGGUGGGGCUCUUCAUCUACUUCAGGAAUCAGAAAGGACACCCUACACUUCAGCCAACAGGGCUCCUGAGCUGAAGUGAAGAUGGUCACACUCAAGGAAGAACUUUCUGUCCCAGCUUCUUCACAGCAUGGAAAGGUUUCCUGCUUAGCGCUAACUCUUCCACAAUGAAGUACUUUCUCAGGAUCUCAUUUGCUCCUGGCUCAGUGACCCUGUAGAAACUGUCCUCCUUGAUGGCUUUCUCAGUCACCCCCAGCCCUUCUGCCCUCAGCCUUUGACCUGGUAGUUCUCAAUAUUGAUUCCAGUACCUUAUGUUCUUUCUUCCUUGGUUCCCUUUGUUUUCAACUUCUGUUUCCUGUGCAUCUGAGCUCAUCUGUUCAUUUUACUUUAUAAUGUGUUCCCUCAAAUAAAUACAGAGUGAAAAUCA